AUGGAAUCGAAGUUAGAUAGUUACAGAAAGACAAAACGGCGUCAAGCGCUCCUAAACGACUUCAAGGAACGGAUCUACAACAUGGUGUCCUUCCAUCAAGUGCAAACAGAAGAGAAAGCAUCCCACGUCAUUAUAGAGGCCGAUAAUGAACCAACAGAAACUUAUACCAAACUGAAACAAGAUGAUGCGGAACAUGUCGGCAAAGUUAAUGUUAAAACAGUACGUUUCUGUCCCAGCACUGAACCAACGAUCCUAGAGUCGGAUCUUUCGGAUGGUCCGACAUCGAAUGAGGCAGUAGAACCUGUAGUAAAACCUCGAUCGUGGUUGACUUACCUCACUUAUCUGGUGUACUUCCUAUUUUGGGCCACGCUCUAUGCCAUUGCGAUAGAACUACGUUUUGGGGUAGUAUUUUUGAUGCUUUCGGCGUUAUUUGGGAUCUACUUUAACACCCGCACCAAAAAAGCACCCGGUGAGAUAAGUGCGUACAGUGUAUUUAAUGAAAACUGCGAAGCUAUCGACGGUACCCUAAAGGCUGAACAAUUUGAGAGGGAGAUAGGUAUAAGGCAUUGA